UCUGCUCAAAAAACCCUUGUGAACCUGGCAGAAACUUCAUUUGGUCUGCGUGGCGAUCAUUUGGACCGGGGAAAGCAGACGAUUGGUUCUUUGACUUUUCUGCCAGCAGUACAGCACAAAGUUUGUGAAAAAUUACAGGAGCAGUGGAACGAAAUGGUCAGCAACAGUUCAAUGACGCCCAUCAGAGAAUACAUGGCUGAAGAAUUCAACUGUGCUGUAGUCCAUCAUUUCAGAGAACAGUUAAAGUCAUUUCUGGGGAACAGCAGCCCACUGCAGCUUCACCGCAUUCCUCGCAGGUCACCAAACAGCCUGUUAAGAGACUGGGGAGGUGGUAUAGAGCCCAAGUGGAUGACAAGUGUGAUGGAGCUGUUUAAGCACGCAGAGAGGCGGCUACGAGCCCUGGAGAAGAGCGGCCUUUCAGGGAAGUGCAAGACCUGCGGCUACCAUCAUGGAUUCUUUCCCAGACCUUGGUGGACACUGCUGGUACACGAGGCUCUCUUGUCAUCAGCAGAGACUGUCCAUCCAUCCAUCCAUCCAUCCAUCCAUCCAUCCAUCCAUUUUCUGGGCUGCGUCACGGGGGCAGCAGGCCAAGCAAAGCAUCCCAGACGUCCCUCUCCCCAACAAUGCUUUCCAGUUCCUCCUGGGGGACCCCAAGGUGCUCCCAGGCCAGAUGAGACAUGUCAUCCCUUCAGUGAGUUCUUGGUCUGCCUUUUCCAAGUCCACAAAGCACAUGUAGACUGGAUGGGCAAACUCCCACGAGCCCUCUGGCAGCUUUGCAAGGGUAAAGAGCUGGUCCACUGCCAGGACGGAAUCCACAUUGCUCCUCCUGAAUCUGAGUUUUGACAGUUGGUCGGAGCCUCCUUUCCAGCACCCUGGAGUAAACUUUACCCGGGAGGCUGAGCAGAGUGAUACUGCAAUAGUUGGAGCACACCCUCCGGUCCCCUUUGUUGACAAUGGGAACCACCACCCUGGUCUUCCACGCUGCAGGCACUGUACCCGACCUCCACACAACACUGAAAAGGCGUGUCAGCCAAGACAGCCCAACAUUGUCCAGAGCCUUCAGAAUCUGAGGGCGCAUCUCAUCCACACCCAGCGCGUUGCCGUUGGGGAGCUUUUUGACUACCUCAGCAACCUCUGCCAGGGAAGUGGGCGAGAGUUCCUCUGAGUCUUCAGGCUCUGCCUCCUCCACAGUGGACGUGAUGGCCUGGUUCAGGAGUUCCUCAAAGUGCUCCUUCCACCGCUUGAUGAUGUCCCCAGCUGAAGUCAGCAGUUCUCCUUCUCUGCUGAGCACAGCCUGAGACAAGCUCUGCUUUCCCUUCUUGAGGCCAAGUGAAAAUCCUUCUCCAUAGCCUCUUCGAACUCCUCCCACACCUGGGUUUUUGCUUCAGCGACCGCCACAGCUGCAGCCCCUCUGGAUGGAUGAAUAGUAUGGAUAGUAUGUCAAAAUGUCCCAGCAUAGUAUGGCAAAAAAUGUCAUGGUAUAGCCAUAGUAAGUAAGUCAAAAAAUAUUUUAAAGUAUUAUGCAAAAAAUGGGGCGGCACGGUGGUGUGGUGGUUAGCGCUGUCGCCUCACAGCAAGAGGGUUCCCAGUUCAAUCCUGGGUGUUGGAGCCCUCUGUGCGGAGUUUGCAUGUUGUCCCCGUGUCAGCAUGGGUUUUCUCCGGCUUCCUCCCACAGUCCAAAGACAUGCAGGUUAACUGAUGACGUAGGUGUGAAUGUGAGCAUGAGAGCGUGAAUGGUUGUCUGUCUCUAUGUGUCAGCCCUGUGAUAGUCUGGCGACCUGUCCAGGGUGUACCCUGCCUCUCACCCACUGUAUAGCGCAUCAUGAAAAACCUCACAGUAUGUCACAAAAAGUCAUACUACACUGUCAAAAAAAUGCCAAAGUGUAGCAUGUGACAAA